CUGCUGAACAGCUGAUCGGUUUGAAAUUACGGUCAUACUAGCACCUACAACAUGUUUUUCAUGUCAAAUUUGUAUAUUUGUUUCGUAAACUAAACCGAAAAAGUGAAUUCCUUGCAGCCAGUAAAGAUAAAUCGAAGCCCGAAGUCCUCCAAACCCACGGAUCGAAACAAUGGCCACCUCAGUCCUGCUAGCCUGUGGACUCAAUGAGCAGAAAUUGCCAGGAUUUGUCCACAUCAGCGAGGAGUCCAAUGUGGAUGGCAGCUUUCUCAUCAGCUGCAUUUUGGGUCAGAGGUUACGUAUCUCCAACGCUGGAACCCUACUCGUCUGCCUGCAGCAUCACUACCAGCAUUACUUCAAUGCUGGCAUGAGGCUAGGCUAUAAUACGAACAUUUUCCAGGGCAAAACCCUGGGUGUUAUUGACGUUCUGAGCGACAUGGCUGGCGAGGGUUUGGCCUCCAAAUGGCUAAGAAAUACCGAGGGUCAGACAUUAACCGAGCAGCUGGUGGAGGAUAUUCGGGCCCAGGUGGAAAGCAACUAUGCCAGUCGCAAUUCCUAUACGGUUCUGAUCGACAAUCUGUCCAUAUUGUUCAAUUUGGGAGCGAGCAAGCUGCAGGUUCAGCAGUUCUGCCAGGAUCUGGCUGCCCUCGCUAAGGAGCGUGAAAACCUGACGGUGAUCACGAAGCUUAGCAACAGCGACAUUUACCAGCUCACCGAUAACAAUGUGGCCAAGCUCGGACAGGUGCGCAUCCAGGUGUUGCGAUUGAAGAGCGGUGUCUUCCGUGAGGUUGAUGGCAAACUCCUAAUCGAACGCGUUUUGGACGAAGGGAACUAUGCCUGCGAGGAGACGCGCAAGGAGGUGCUCUACAAGGUCAACGAUCGCAACGUCAAGAUCUUUGCACCCGGCGAAAUUGGGGUCAAGGUCUAAAGGAUGCGUAAGCGCAAAUAAUUGUUUGAAUUUUAAUAAAGCCAUUUUUUGUAUAUUUUGAAAAUA